AUGCCUGCGCUAAGAUAUCUCACCGCCCUUGUUUUGAGCAACAAUCUCGUCACGCGCUGGUCCGGACAGAACAGAGUUACUCCGCUGUUGCAGAUUUCCUCGACAUUAAACUCGAUGGAACCCCCCACUCGAUUUCAUUUCCCGCAAACUGUUAAUAUCUCACCCAGAAUGUCACUGUCCGUAGCUAGCCCGACAUGCUCCAAAUGCCAGGGAGCCCCACAACAAUGCUAUUACUCCGAAGCGAAUAAAAGAGGUUUACCCCCCGGCUACCUUGCGGGAAUUGAACUCCGCCUAAUUGAGACUGAGAUCGCUCUACACAGAGCACUAUCGAGACUGUACAACCAUUCUGAUGCCAAAUUCCAAGAAAGUCGAGAAUUUCCGCAAGUCUCCAAGGGUGAAUUGAUGGAGCAGUGGCAAGAAUUACCUCUAGGGUCAGACAUUGAUCUGGAAACAUGGUGGUCUCGGAAAACGAAAUAUGUCGAGCCAUUCGAUAGGGAGUGGGGUCCACCGGAAAAGACUUCAACUCCCGAAAUACAUAUUGCUCAUGGAAUCGAUGACAUCCCAUCCGUUGACUGGGAGCCUACAAAUGAAAGACAUAGAAAUGUUCCAGAAAGUCCAGAUUCACUCACUCAGGAGACUAUGGCUAGUACAAUUUCUAGUCUAGCAAUGUCCCCGAACUCAGUCGAAGUGCAAAAGAGCCCUGUGGACCCUCAGCUCCAGUUUGAGAGCGACAUCCCCGAUUCUUUAAGCUGGCAAAGAAAUUCACAAACACAAGAUCUUGGUGAGACCGUAACGAUUGCAGAAUCCUUUGCAAGAGCGCAUCAUAAAAUGUAUUUCUAG